GCCAGCCUAAACCAACAUCAGCAGUUUAAUGAGAGAGUGGGCAACCCAGGUGGAAAAGCUUAUGGCAAAUCUAAAAAACUUCAACAUCGAGUACACACAGGAUUAACAAUUCGCUAACGCAUCAAGAGACAUAAUGGGCUGUAUCAAGUCCACACUGAGCAGCAGGCUAAACAAGGCCGCCGAGGAGAAGAUAAGCCAGCAGAGAAACAAUUCCUUGUUGCCUGGCCAGGUAUUUCAAAGAAUGGAGGAGCAAAACAACACUGAAAAAAUAGUGGUGGGCCUUUACCCGUAUAAGGCUGAACAUGCUGAGGACCUAGGUUUCAGCAAAGGAGAAAAGAUGACAAUUCUUGAGGAACAUGGUGAGUGGUGGAAAGCAAAAUCACUGAAAUCUAACAAACAGGGCUUUAUCCCUUCCAAUUAUGUUGCCGAAGCAGACACUAUGGAAACAGAGCAGUGGUUUUUCAAGGAUAUUACUAGAAAAGAUGCUGAAAGGCAGCUGCUGGUGCCAGCAAACAAACCUGGUGCUUUUCUUAUCAGAGAAAGUGAAACUUCAAAAGGUAGCUAUUCAUUGUCCAUCCGCGAUGCUGAUAUCCAGGCAACAGAAUCAGUCAAACAUUAUAGGAUCAGAAUGUUGGAUAAUGGUGGUUUCUACAUUUCUCCGAAGAUCUCGUUCCCUGAUAUCAGCUCGAUGAUCAAACAUUACCAAAACAAAGCAGAUGGACUGUGUCGUAAACUUGACCGUCCAUGUGUAAAGCCCAAAGCUCAGAAGCCGUGGGAUAAAGAUGCCUGGGAGAUUUCCAAGGAGUCAAUCACGAUGGUGAAGAAACUUGGAGCAGGACAGUUUGGAGAAGUAUGGAUGGCUUACUACAACAACACGACCAAAGUGGCAGUUAAGACACUGAAGCCUGGGACCAUGACCGUGGAAGCUUUCAUGGAAGAGGCAAACAUCAUGAAAACCCUGCAGCAUGAAAGACUUGUGCGCCUCUACGCUGUUGUGACAAAGACGCAGCCAAUAUAUAUCAUCACUGAAUUUAUGGCAAAUGGCAGCCUACUAGACUUCCUCAAAAGUAAUGCAGGCUGUAAACUGCAACUACCCAAACUCAUUGAUUUUGCCGCACAGAUUGCAGAAGGGAUGGCAUAUAUAGAGAGGAAGAAAUACAUACACAGAGACCUGAGAGCAGCUAAUGUUCUUGUGUCUGAGACUCUGCUCUGUAAAAUUGCAGAUUUUGGACUGGCGAGAGUCAUAAGUGAUGAUGAGUACACUGCCAAAGAGGGAACCAAGUUUCCCAUCAAGUGGACCGCGCCUGAGGCCAUUAACUAUAGCUCUUUUACGAUCAAGUCUGACAUGUGGUCCUUUGGAGUGCUACUCUAUGAGGUUGUUACACUUGGGAAAAUACCCUAUCCAGGUAUGACAAAAGCAGAAGUGAUGUCCUCGGUGCAACGUGGCUACAGGAUGCAGUGCCCCGACAACUGUCCCGCUGAACUGUACAACAUUAUGAUGUCUUGCUGGAAUAGCGCACCGGACGACAGGCCUACAUUUGAAUACAUGCAGAGUGUCCUGGAUGACUAUUACACUUCCACCGAAAGACAGUAUCAGCAUGAACCUUAGAAGCAGAGAGAGACUUCUGAGGACUACUUUUGGUGUUGUAUUUAUGAAAGUUAUUUGUGAAAAUGUCUAAUUGGCAAUAUGAGGAAGUAUAAUUAUUUUUCAUUAAUUUUUUUCAGAUUUCAUUUAAAAUUAUAUUUACUAUAAAAAAAAUGAAUAUCCCACUGAAAAUUAUAUUUUAGGGGAACAUAUUUGCAUUAUCUUUUUAGGACUUUAAAUGAAAACAACGAAACUGACACAGAAAUGAUAUAGUACAAAGUAGCCGUGAGAUGUGUUUUUCUAUUCCACAACCUGAGUGGAAGGUCGCAAUAUAAUGUUCUGUGGCAAAAUGAUGUAGUCACGUUCACAUUUUACCCAGUAGUAUCUCAACCUGCAUAAAAUACAGAUAUUGCAAUUUCCAUGUUUUUUCUAACUAGAACCUUAACUUGCACGUGUAAUGAUCAGUCAAAUGUGUGACCCACUUCAUAUUGAAGUACAUAAGUUUUUUUUAAAGCAGUUGUAAGCCUUUUGUUCUUUCUUUUACUGGAUGUGCACUGUACAUACUUUUGCUAAACAUGAAGUUAACCAAAACUGACUCAAAAUUGUUGAAAUAUUGAACAGUUUUUUUCAUUAUGCUUGUUUUAUAUUUGUUUUAAAAACUGUGCCCUUUUGGGGUGUUUUUUGUUUGCAAGCACCGUAAAUAUCAUGGCGCUAUAGCUAGUGACUGAAUGGGCCAUUCCAGAAUUGGAGGACAUUUUACAUGGGUAACUUAUACUUCUGCGAAGCCACCAUUACCGCUGAAAGGUAUAUACUGGUUUUGGAGAAACCAAGGGUGUAGGUUUGUUCUCAACAUUGGUAGGGACAUUAUAACAGCAUAACCUUCAUGUACACUUUUUGCUGGGGACGGAACAUUAAUAAGACCAAAAACAUUAUUGAACCGAGGUCAGGGCUACAUUUCUCAUGAAUAUGAACCUAAUUAAUUGAUAGGCUAAACGAGCAAUGCAAAAUAAGUCCGUAUUGACUUAUACUAACUUCCAUAUACAGUGCCUUGCAAAAGUAUUCGGCCCCCUUGAAUCUUGCAACCUUUCGCCACA